AUGGAAACAUCAAGUAAGAUUUCAAAGAACCCUCUUUCUGGUUUAGGACUUGAAUGUGAUUUGGGUAAUGAGUUGAUGCAAUUGCAUGUUUUUGGUUGCAAAACAGUUAUACGUGGUGCAAUUAUUGACCUGAGCAUGAAGGGGUCUGGUAAGAUGGACAAGGGUCUAGAGACAUCAAAUGGUGGUUGUAGUGAUUCAGGGUAUCUGGGUGGUUGUGAAAGGUCGAGUCAUAGGGCACCGACAACAGAGACUGGGCAUAUGUCGGUCCAACAUAUGGUUAGUCAAAGCAGUGAUGAUAAUGAUGUUGACAUGAUUGCACCGAGGAAAGAAUAUGUUAUGGGAAAAGAGUUUAAAACGAUAGAAUUAGCAGAAGAAUAUUAUAUGAGUUAUGCAAAGGGCAUUGGAUUUAGCGUGAGAAAAGACAAAUUGGUGCGAAAUGCGAAAGGGAAAAUAUGUAGGAGACGGUGGUGUUGUUCUAAAGAAGGUUUGAGAAAUGAGAAGUUUAAUGAUCGAUCAGAUAGGAUUCGACCACCAAAGCCAAUUACAAGAGAGAAUUGUUCUGCCCAUUUUUGGGUGGGUUAUGAGAAGAAACGUGACGUUUACGUCGUUACAAAUUUUGAACCACAUCACAAUCAUCAACUAGUUACUCCACUUGAAUCACCAUAUCUCCGAUGUAACCGUGUUGUUCGAAAUUCUGAUUUAGCACAAGCAGUGGGAAUGCGAAGAGCAUUGGUUAGAACAUGUCAAACAUAUGAGUAUAUGGUCGACCAAUGUGGCGGGUAUUUAAAUGUUGGUUUUCAAAUAAAGGAUCUGUACAAUAAGUUGGAUGCAUCACGGAGGGAAAUUUUGCUCGACGGUGACACAGAAGCUGCACUAUCUUACUUGAAAGCGAAAGGAGCAAUGGAUCCAGAAUUCUUUUGUAAGUUCAGUGUUGACGAGGAAAAUAGGCUUGGUAAUUUGUUUUGGAGGGACUCCACUUCACUUUUGGAUUACAUUGCCUAUGGGGACGUCCUCAUAUUUGACAGCACGUACAAAACAAAUGUUUAUGACAAGCCCCUAGUGUUGUUUGACGAGACAUUUGAAACUUACAAGUGGUUAUUAGAAACAUUCAUGGCAUCCAUGAAAGAUAAGAAGCCAAUAUCAAUAUUGACGGAUGGCGAUGAGGCAAUGCGUAAAGCCAUUGAUGAUGUGUUUCCCAUGUCUAACCAUCGGUUGUGCUCAUGGCAUGUGUCAAGGAAUGCACAAAAUAACUUGAAGGAUGAUGAAUUGGUAAGAAAUUUUCAGGCAUGUAUUUGGGAACCAUUUGCAUUGGACGAGUUUGAGAAGAAAUGGGAGGUUCUAAGGGAAAGAGUGAGUACUCCGAAACAAAAAGAAUGGUUGGAAAUGAUGUAUGCAAAAAGUGACUCAUGGGCUGAAUCAUGUUUGAGAGGAAAGUUUUUCGGUGGUAUGUGCACCACUCAACGUGUGGAGUCUAUGAACAAGUAUGUGAAAGAUUACUUGAGGAAAGGUGUGAAGUUGCUUGAAUGUAUUCUAGCAAUUGAUAGAGCUAUGUUACGUCUUAGGAAUACCACGGCAAAGGAUGGUUUCAAUGCAAAGUACUCAACACCAGUCCUUAAAACCGCAUUGACAAAACUCGAGCAACAAGCUUCUUUGAUUUACACGCAUAGAUGCUUUGUAUUGGUUCGUCAGGAGAUCGAAUCUUGUUCAGCACUCAUCCAUGAUAAUGUGAUGCAUAAUUUUGGAGGUCGUGUAUACGUAUUGUCAAAAUAUGGUGAACCGCUUAAUAAAUGGACUUGUGUUUACCACGGUGGGGAACAGAUACGGAUACAGUGUGGAUGUCGGAAAUAUGAAAGUGAAGAGAUCCCGUGUUGCCACCUGUUUUAUGUAAUGAAGUGCGAGCACCUUACGAAAAUUCCUCCAGCACUCAUAAUGAAGAGAUGGACAAAGAGUGCCCAAACUGAUACAUGUAGGGAAUUUAUCAGCAAAGGCGAAGACACUACCAAGGAAGUUGUAGAAAUGGCGAGGUAUGGAAGUUUAAGUGCUAUGUCAAACAAAGUUUGUUUUUAUGCAUCAAAGAGUGCAAAUGGUUAUGCCAUGUUGACGAAUGAGUUUAGUAGAUGGGAGGGAAUUUGUGAAGGCUUACGGCAAAAGGAAGAAGAGACGAGUCUGAAAUUGGGUAGCGCUGAACAAUGUCCUUCAAAUAUUGUGAAAGAUCCAAAUAUCGUUAAGACAAAAGGCAGUCAAGCAAGGCAGGGUGGAACGCGCAAGCGUCGACAAUGUCAAUUGUGUCGCGGAUAUGGACAUACAAAGCGUAAUUGCUCUCAAAGAAACUUGCAUCCAAGUAGAAAUGCAGGUGUGAAUAUCCCAUCAGGUACUGAAAGCUAUCAGUAUAGUUCUGAUAAAGGGCCGUCCCCGGACAUUAGCUACAGUUAUCCUAGUCAAACGAUUUCUCAAUGUAGAAGCAACAAUGUGGUUGAUUUCUCUGGUUCUGAUAGUUUUUCUACUGCAGACCCAACCGGUUCUACCCCUAACAGUGACGAUGGUUUCUCAUUCGACAAUGGUGAACCUAAUUCCCUAUGUACUAGUUCAACCCAAAACAAUUGUAGUUUUGGAACUUGGUUUACAUGUAAAAAUUCACAUGAAAUGUAG